CUCUUGCAAGCUACCUGUAUUUCAUUCUCAGAAUUGAAGGCUUCACAUUGUACCAUCACAACACAUCUCCAACACAGGUUAUCCUUAUUGUGGACAUAGGCCUGCGUUUUCGGGUACGUGCAGAACAUUUCUCCAGGACAAUGGACCUGUACUGUGUUUGGUUGAUCAUCUUUGGACUGACUCUGACGUCAACUCUCAGGAUUCUGGAAUGGCCACCUCUGAACUGCACACAACUGGAUCUCCAAUGCAGCGUUCAAAUUAAUAACUGUUCAGACGACGGCUGGAUUAAACCCAGACACCAGGCGCCUAACGGUCCUCUGUGGCACUCAGGUUCACAGCAGCAUGUGUUUGUGAGGAGAGGGGAGAGUGGUGAUCUGCUACCCGUGAUGUCUCUGAGCUGGAGCCUUCAGAUCAAUGGAGGUGUAAUCAAUGGGACCAGUGGGACCGAGGUGCACGUCACUGAAGAGGACAGCAAUCAAAGCAUAUGUGUCCGAUACAUCUUCCAUAACAAAAUACAAAACAUGAUGAUUAACUGGAAGCCGUGGACAUUUUCCUUGGACAGAGUUGUGGUGGACCCCGAAAACAAUUAUUCUGUUUCGAUCUACAAUUUACCAAAACCAGACCUGGGGAAUUACAGACUUGACAAAAUCUUUACAAUCCCAGGAUGCAAGGAUCCAAGCAUAAAAGCAGCCAAGGUGUGUUUGGAAAACGGCAGUCUUUGGGAUCCCCAGUUGUCCUGGACUGUGUCAGUGGAUGGAGGAGAGAGACUGAUCAUCACAGUGGGUUUUAAUACAGCUGAGUUCUCUGACGAAUACCAGAUAUCCAUCCAGAACACUCAACACUCACGGCAUGUCAUGAGGGUAGGUAUCUGUGGUCAACAACACUCACAGCAUGUCAUGAGGGUAGGUAUCUGUGGUCAACAACACUCACAGCAUGUCAUGAGGGUAGGUAUCUGUGGUCAACAACACUCACAGCAUGUCAUGAGGGUAGGUAUCUGUGGUCAACAACACUCACAGCAUGUCAUGAGGGUAGGUAUCUGUGGUCAACAACACUCACAGCAUGUCACGAGGGUAGGUAUCUGUGGUCAACAACACUCACAACAUGUCACGAGGGUAGGUAUCUGUGGUCAACAACACUCACAGCAUGUCACGAGGGUAGGUAUCUGUGGUCAACAACACUCACAGCAUGUCACGAGGGUAGGUAUCUGUGGUCAACAACACUCACAGCAUGUCACGAGGGUAGGUAUCUGUGGUCAACAACACUCACAACAUGUCACGAGGGUAGGUAUCUGUGGUCAACAACACUCACAGCAUGUCACGAGGGUAGGUAUCUGUGGUCAACAACACUCACAGCAUGUCACGAGGGUAGGUAUCUGUGGUCAACAACACUCACAACAUGUCACGAGGGUAGGUAUCUGUGGUCAACAACACUCACAACAUGUCACGAGGGUAGGUAUCUGUGGUCAACAACACUCACAACAUGUCACGAGGGUAGGUAUCUGUGGUCAACAACACUCACAGCAUGUCACGAGGGUAGGUAUCUGUGGUCAACAACACUCACAGCAUGUCACGAGGGUAGGUAUCUGUGGUCAACAACACUCACAGCAUGUCACGAGGGUAGGUAUCUGUGGUCAACAACACUCACAGCAUGUCACGAGGGUAGGUAUCUGUGGUCAACAACACUCACAGCAUGUCACGAGGGUAGGUAUCUGUGGUCAACAACACUCACAACAUGUCACGAGGGUAGGUAUCUGUGGUCAACAACACUCACAACAUGUCACGAGGGUAGGUAUCUGUGGUCAACAACACUCACAGCAUGUCACGAGGGUAGGUAUCUGUGGUCAACAACACUCACAGCAUGUCACGAGGGUAGGUAUCUGUGGUCAACAACACUCACAGCAUGUCACGAGGGUAGGUAUCUGUGGUCAACAACACUCACAGCAUGUCACGAGGGUAGGUAUCUGUGGUCAACAACACUCACAACAUGUCACGAGGGUAGGUAUCUGUGGUCAACAACACUCACAGCAUGUCACGAGGGUAGGUAUCUGUGGUCAACAACACUCAAUGAUGAAACAUCGGUAAUUGAUUACUGUGUUCCUGGAACUUAUUACUGUGUCAUGAUUUCUUCAAUUCACGUUUCAGGAGAAUAGAACAUCAUUGAAUGUGACCUUUGAACUGGAUGUAUGGCAGCUGCCUCCAUGUGAAAUGCUA